CUAAAUUUCAGCUGACAGCACUUUUCAUAUGUCAUAUACUAAUGCUGAUAAAAGUAAUAUAAAUGCAUUCAUUUGAAUAUCUUAUUGGAUGACUUUAUUGGAUCUGGCUUUACAAGACGUAUAAAAGGAGAAUGCUGCAUUUGUAGUUGCAGUUAUAAAAUACAAACGGCUGAAUAGAAAAACGAAAUGUGCUAUGCAAACUUAUGUCAGUGUUAUAUAAAUUUCAAUUCUUUUUGUAAAAUUUUGUUCAACUAAUUUCUUGUGAUAACAUCCAGGUCAAGUGUAUGAAUUUAUUAUACGUGCAUUAGUGUGUUUUCUUACUUUUUAAAAGAUAUUUUCAUAAAAUGGAAACAUUAAUUUCAACGAACACUUUCAAUGCGACGAUUUCUCUUUACGAUGAAGCUAAUCCUUCAGAAUUGUCGAUCAUCACAACUACUGUAGGACCAAAAUUUGCAAGACAAUGGAUGCGUUUUAAUAAUCAAACAGUUGUUAGCAAAGUACCUGAAGAAAUGUUACAUUUAAUUGAUACAUAUUGGUACAGGUUUCCUCCAUUGAAUCCAUUAUGGCAUAAAGUCUUAGGCCUAGUUAUGAUCAUAUUAGGAAUUAUGGGAUGGUGUGGAAAUGGCGUGGUAGUUUAUAUUUUUUUAAUAACACCCUCGCUAAGAACACCGAGCAACCUUCUUGUAGUAAAUCUUGCUUUCUCAGACUUUAUAAUGAUGGGCUUCAUGUGCCCUCCCAUGGUAAUUUGUUGUUUCUACGAAACAUGGGUCCUUGGAACAUUAAUGUGUGAUAUUUAUGCAAUGAUUGGUUCAUUAUGUGGCUGUGCUUCUAUAUGGACAAUGACAGCUAUUGCUUUAGAUAGAUAUAACGUUAUAGUAAAGGGUAUGUCUGGAACACCGCUUACUAUUAACAGAGCUAUAUUUCAAAUUUUAGGUAUCUGGUUAUUUGGUUUAUUGUGGACUAUUUUACCUUUAGUUGGAUGGAACAGGUAUGUUCCCGAAGGUAACAUGACAGCAUGCGGAACAGAUUAUCUUACCGAGGAUUGGGGAUCUAAAUCUUAUAUAUUAAUCUAUUCUCUGUUCGUCUAUUACACUCCAUUAUUUACUAUUAUUUAUAGUUAUUACUUCAUUGUUUCUACGGUCGCUGCACAUGAAAAAGCAAUGAGAGAACAAGCUAAAAAAAUGAAUGUCGCAUCUUUACGAUCCGGAGAAAAUCAAGGCGGUAGUGCGGAAGCAAAAUUAGCGAAGGUAGCAUUAACAACAAUAUCAUUGUGGUUUAUGGCCUGGACACCAUAUCUUGUAAUCAAAUCGAAUAUCAAUCGUUCUCUGAUCACACCCUUAUUUACUAUAUGGGGUUCUCUGUUCGCAAAAGCGAAUGCAAUAUAUAAUCCGAUUGUUUAUGGAAUCAGUCACCCAAAAUAUAGAGCAGCGCUGAAGGAAAAGCUACCGUUUUUAGUGUGUGGUUCGACCGAGGAUCAGGCUGCUGCAUCUGGAGGAGAAAAAGCGGAAACAGAUGGAAAAUCUUAAAACAGUAAAAUGCUUCAAGGACGUGUAAUUGUAUAUAUACAAAGGUCUUUGGUAAAUCAACCUCCAUUUAAGUAUGAAUUUUUAUUUAAGGAAAUGUGCUCGCCUGCGAUAAUAAUUAAAGCAAGCACACUGUUACUUGCAUGAUUUAUUUGCUUUUAUAAAAUUAAGGUACAGAUACGACGCUCCCAUCAGAUUUUACAACAAUAGAAUAUGCUUAGUAAACACAGAGCUGUUGGUACAUAGGUACCUGCUAUACCAAAGUGACCAUGUAUAUUGCUAGGCAAUAAAAUGUACAAAAUCAAAAUCA